AUGGCAAAUUCCUUGACCGAUGGGCCUCGUGUCCCUCGGAACAACUUGCACGCGUUCUAUCGCGGCACACUCUUCAACGCCAUUCUCAUCGGUCUCGUCAGUUUCACGCAACCUGGAAUAUGGGGCGCUCUAUCAAACCUUGGGGCUGGUGGUCUGGCUACACCUUUCUUCGUGAAUGCGGCGAAUGUCAUCACCUUCGCAAUUAUGGUGUUCAUGAGUCCCGUAUUCGCUGUUCUGAGCAACAGAUGGAGUUUGAAAUGGGUGCUGGUAUUUGGGACCCUUGGAUAUGCCCCUUACUCGGCAUCUCUGUAUACCAAUAGCGUUUACGGGACUCAAUGGUUCAUGCUGUUUGGGGCAGCGACGUGCGGCUUCUCUGCGGCGGCACUGUGGGUCUCUGAGGCGGCCAUUGGAGUUGGUUAUCCCGAGGAACAUCGCAAAGGAACUUACAUCGCCAUCUGGUUCGGCCUGAACAAAAUCGGCUCAAUCGUGGGAACCUCCAUCGAACUAGCCCUGAACGUGCAAAGCGACCAGAAAGGAACCAUCAGCCCAGACACAUACCUAAUCCUGAUCGCACUACAAUGUCUCGGACUUCCGCUAGCCUUUCUUGUCAGUCCCGUUAACAAGCUCAUCCGCACCGACGGCACGCGACCUAUCCUGCCCCGUCGAACCACUAUAGCAGAAGGAUUCUGCGGCUUCUGGCGCGUCUGCAAACGGCCCGAAAUCGCCGCCCUCGUUCCUAUCUUCCUCACUAGUCAAUGGGCCCAGACUUACGAGGGGAACUACCUGGCGACUUACUUCACCGUGCGUGCACGAGCCCUGGCCGCCUUCGUGGUCACUUGGGUCGGACUGGGCAUCAACAUCUUCUUUGGCUGGAUCCUGGAUAGCAAGCUUAUCGGUCGUCGGUCAACGCGUGCGCGAGUGGGCUGGAUCCUCCUAAUCACAGCAUAUACCGCUACUUAUGUCUACAACCUAGUCGUGCAGGCUGAAUACGGACGAACAAAUCCGACAUUCGACAUCGGAUCCCCGGGCUACGGUCGUGCGGUAGGCGUCUACUGCUUAUUUUUCGUGCCAUAUAAUGCCUUCGCGGUGUGGGGGUAUUGGGUUCUCGGAACGUUUGAUCAAAGUAUUGAGAACCUGACGUUCUCGACGGCAUUAUUGCGUGGGGGCGAGUCGCUGGCGAGUACGAUUUCGUAUGGCCUGGGCGCUUCGAAGGAUGUGUCCCUGUUAACGAAUAUUAUCGUCGCUGCGGCACUGUUUUGGGCGUCUGUACCAACGACGACAUGGAGUACGUGGCAGGUCAAGGACGAGAAUGACCUCGCAAAUGGGAGAGAAGAGACGGAUAGCGAUCGUGAGAAUGGGAGUGAGAGUCAGGAUCAGACGCAGGGUGUUAGUGUCGUGGUGAAGGGCUCGGGAGUCUGA